GCUGAAGCGACGUGCGCCUGGUUUAUUCGGCAGUUAUCGUGGCAUCCAAGACAUCCUAUGAUGGAGUAGACUUUUUAAGGAUGGACGAAGCUCUAGAUGACAAAAUGAAAAGUCCAUCGAAUCAGUCCCUUUUACUGGACUUGUGCUACAAUAGAGUUAAAAGAUAUGCGGAAAGAAGACACAAAACUGCCCACAAAAAUGAAACAAAUCCGGAUUUCUUGACUGCAGGUGUUCUUAUUCCUAUUUUUGUCAGAGAGGGAUCUCUUUAUACCCUUCUCACACUAAGAUCUGAACAUUUACCCACUCACAAAGGAGAAGUAGCAUUUCCCGGAGGAAAAAAGGAAGAUGUCGAUGUAGACAUUGUAGCUACAGCUUUAAGAGAAGCUCAAGAAGAAGUUGGUUUAUCUCCGGAGAUUGUGCAAGUCGUUGCAGUGUUGAGUCCACUGACAUCGCGAGCAAGAGCAAGGCCGAUGUACGUGUAUCCAGUAAUUGGCAUAGUUAAGUCACAGUUUAACUUAGAAAUAAACAGCUCGGAGGUUCAGACUACGUUUGAGGUCCCUUUGGAGUUUUUCCUUCUGAAAGAAACGCAAAAACGUGAUCAAUUUAAUUUCAAAGGUAGCACAUUUGAAGUUCAUUUCUUCUUGUAUGACUCAGGUGCAUGUGAAUGCGACAGCCAAAAUACAAAUUCGACCUUCCAUAUUUGGGGAUUAACUGCUUCAAUUUGCUUAUGUGUGGCUAUGGUAGCAUUGAGCAAACUACCUGAGUUUGACCUGGAAGAACACUAUAAAGAACUUAUGCAGUACAUAACAGAGACAAAUGAAAAUGAUGAUGAUGAUGAAUUAAAACCACAAAGUAGAAUGUGAGAAAAUUAAGGCCACUGCUGAAAUUUGAUGUUAGAUAAUUUUGCUACCCAUCCUGUGAUCCUUUUGGGGAAACCCCACAGACAGAAAUGGUAGCCUGUGCUUUAGACAUACCUUCAGAUUUAGGAUUAGAUAGGGGGCACUUCAUUAAAGUGGGGUGGGGGGCUGCAUGUUUAACUAAAUCUGCUGUCAGUGGUCAGAUAUGAUUGCAUGUCAUUCAAGAUUCAGGUAAUAAAGUUUUUGUUUUGAACUAUUA